CCAGCCCUUCUUCCUUAGAAGCGCCGAAGACUAUCCAGAAAGUUUGCAGAGUGUCCCCAGAGCGGAUUUUGGAUUGAGUGAAGAAAGACAUUCGUGGGCUGUCCAGACUGUAGACCACCAAACCGAUCAACACCUAGAAUGGCCACGGCAAGCACCUCUGGACAAAGUACCUUUGGGCUGGGCAGGAAGAAGAAGGCCCCUGGUCUCCUGGAUCAGAUUGGCAGGUUCUUUGGAGGAGACAAAAAGAAAAAGGGAAAGAGACCCCAGCACUCUUCCACUCGUCGUCAUGGAGAAGUCAACCCUGUGGUGCAUUUCUUCAGGAGCUUGGGGUCUUCUUCUCGUCCCAAGUCGAGGUGGAGAGAACUGUUGGGUCUGGCUUCCCCGUCAACGCAUGGCUUGGAGAGCAUUAGAUCGCCUCACAGACGCAGAAGGGAACAGAACACACUCUCCAGAAUCUUCAACCUGGGAGAAAGCCGAUCUCGCUCUCCACCCAAACGCUGGAGCACCAUCUUCUGAGCCCUUCCCCGACCAGAAAAACACCAAGAUGGAAGAGAGUGAAACGGAUGAAAAGCAAAAACUUGAGAGGGAGGAUCUCUGCCCUUUAUACUCACAAGUCGCAGCAAGUUUAACAGACUAACAUUAGCCAUCUUCGCUUCCUAGAUCUUCGCUUUCCUGCAAUCCAAGUAUUUGUUGUUACAAGCCUGCAGGGUUUUAUAAGCAUGUGUGGACUGUAUGUGUGCAAAACUGCUGCAAUAAUUGUCAAUGGUCAGGAGAUGCGAUAUUUGGACGACUAGUUGCUAUAUUGAAAGUCUCCCUGCAAAAUUUAGUUCAAAGAAGAUCAUCAUACCUCAGAAAUCCAGAUUAACCAUGACUAUUAUUGUUUGAUUAUUAGUCUUAAUUGACCGAACUAGACAGACUGUUUCUCUGUUUGAACCAUUAAACAUAAAAGUAAGAUAUAAUGUCCAUCAAGACCCCAUUACUGUAUAAUUCAUCCUCAGUGAUGUGCAGUGUAUUUGUGGAUAUUUAUGUUAAUUGUGGUCCUUGUGUUAUAUAUUGGUUAUGUUCUUUGUACCAAGAACUAUGUAUAUAGGACUAUUUAUUGUGUUUUGAGCAACAUAAAAAUGACCUAAUAUUAAAUUUGAUUUAUUUCAGUAAUUAUUUAGCUCUUUUAUUAGAAACAUGCCUUAAAAUUAUUACUCAAAGACUAAAAACACGAUUUUGUGGAUUAGGGUGUAGAUUCUAAGCAUAUCUGAUGUUUGGAUUGUAUGCCCUCAAAUGUUACACUUCGGUAUGUGUUUUAAAACAGCCUGUAAAUGUUGUCUGCGUCAUUAUGUCUGCUAUGUUAUUUUAAAAAAGAUCUCAUGUAAUCACCAGGGGUAGGAUUAAAAUUUAAUAACAGACUUGCAAAAAUCUAGGACAGUCACUGGGAGCAUAAAGGGUAUGAAACCGGUGGAAGGAAACCUGAAAGUGUAUGAGGGAUAAUGUGAGAAAUUAUGAGGAAUUCCGAGAGAGUGUGGUGGAGUUUAUUCAGCUGAUUUUUAUUUCUGUGAUGUUUCUCACAUGUCUAAAUAAUGUUCAUUGUUUCGUGUCUCAUAGACUGUAUGUAUCACUUCCUGUAUGUAUUGUUUCUGAAAUACUGCUGAAUAAACAUUAGGUCAAAUAUUCUCCCUGUCAGCGCUGGAUUUUUCUCCAAAAUGGUGCUACGAGUGGCCAGGUGUUCUGAUGUAAUAUCUUUAACCUUCCCUUUAUUUAUGAAGUAACUAAAUAAAGAAUCAGAAACGUA